AUGUCUGCUUCUUCUUCUUUCCAUUCUCUUGACAACCUCUCCCUGGCGGAUCGAGUACUCUUUAAUAAAUUCAGCAAAGGCCCUAGCCAAUCUAUUCCCUACAAUGUUGUUCAUCAUGCCUUUGAGGCCGCUGCGCUGGCGCAUCCCGAGGUUACUGCCGUUCGACACUACGAUGGCACCACUAUCACAUACCGCGAGCUCAAUCGCCGAGCAAACAUGCUGGCCAACGAGCUACGAGAUACUUUUGGUCUAAAAGUUGGCGACCGUGUCGUUCUUGUGUACUCGCGUUGUAUCGAGAUGGUUGUCUUUAUCCUUGCCGUUCUCAAGGCUGGCGGACAAUACAUUCCCUUGGACGGCGGCAUUGUCACUGAUGACACACUUGGCUUCGACAUUGUGGACUCAAACGCCCCCGUGGUCAUUUGUCUCCCCAAGUUCCGCGAAAAGGUGGUGCGCAGUAUCCCUCGCCAACGCCAGGGACUGGUUGAUGUCAUUGAUCUCGACCAAAACUCAAGACUUUGGAGACAUGGCAACUCGGCACACCCCAUGGUCGAUGUUGGCCCGGACCAUGGAGCCUAUGUCAUCUACACUUCAGGCACUACUGGACGACCUAAGGGUGUUGAUGUCCGUCAUGGGGGUGUUACCAAUACACUUCUUGCCGAGCCUUCUCGCCUGGGUAUCAGCGUCGGCAGCAAUGUGGCACAACAAUUGAACGUCGCUUUCGACAUGUGCGCAUGGGAGAUUUUAGGCACCAUAAUGAACGGUGGCACCCUCCACAUCCGAGGUAGCGGCCUCGAGCCAUGGACAGACUGCCUCCGACGAGUCGACACAGUCAUCGCAACCCCCUCCGUUGUCCUCAAGUACAUGCCCCGAGUCGAAGAUUUCCCAAACGUUAAGACCAUCGCGGUCGGAGGAGAGCCUUGCCCAUUGGCUCUGGCUGAGAAGUGGGCGCCAUAUGUCAAGUUCUGGAACGUCUGUGGCCCUACAGAGAUCAGCAUCCUCAACACUGCCCACCUGCACAGACCGGGUAGGACGCUCUCGAUCGGCAAGCCCAAUCCGAACACGAAUGUCUAUAUCUUGGAUGGCGACGAGAAUCCCGUCAAGAUCGGAGAGCCAGGCAUUAUGUGGGCCGGUGGUGAUGGAGUCUCUCGAGGAUACCUUGGUCUACCGGACUUGACGAAGACUCGAUACAAGCCUGAUAAGUUCACCAAAGAUGGCCGCAUGAUGUUCAACACUGGUGAUCUCGCUCGAUGGCUUGAAGAUGGCAGCCUCCUACCUCUCGGCCGCAAGGACGACCAGGUUAAAAUCCAGGGCUUCCGAGUCGAACUCGACGGCGUCUCUCGCUCCAUCGAAACAACUCCUUCCGUCAUCAAGGGUUGUGCCCUCAAGAUCGAAGACAAGCUUUGGGGUUUCUACUCUGCUCACGAGAGGAUCGAUGAGAGUGAGCUGAAGAGGGCUGUGAGCAUCAGCCAGCCGUUUUAUGCUGUUCCAACCGUCUGGAAGCACUUGCCAACAUUGGAGCUCACACCCAAUGGUAAGGUCGACAAGAGAGCCUUGUAUAAAGUCGCCGCAGAGAACGAAAAGGAACUUCCUGAAGUCCCUGUCAAGAAGCCCCGUCCAGAGACAAUGUGGCCAUCGCCACCACGCAGUUCAAUGGGGAGCUCGAGCGACGGAACUCUUGUGGAAGCCGAGCACUUUGGUUCUUCUCAAGACCUGGAGAAGGACGGAAAGGACGUCAUCAUCGACGUCACCGAAGUUGAACCCGAAGAAGACGAGUUGCCAGCCAAGAAUGGCUUCCAUGGAUGGCGCUGGCUACGCCAUCGGGCCCUUUCAGCUUACCGCAAGCUCUUUGGUGUCAUAUUUAUCGCAAACCUCGUCGUACUCAUUUUUCUUUUGUAUGAAAGUCGCAACAGCAACUUCUCGCCACAGGCUUCUCACCUGGCUACAGCGGUGGCCGCCAACCUUCUCGUCGCCGUCCUUGUUCGUCAGGACUACGUCGUCAACGCGAUCUUCUUCCUCUGCUCUCGAGUACCGACGUCCUUGCCGCUGAGCAUGAGACGGCAUUUCGCACGUGUCUAUCACAAUGGUGGUGUUCAUUCAGGCUGUGCUGUUUCCGCGACGGCGUGGUGGGUUAUGUUCACUGUCACUUCAAGCCGCGAUUAUGUUGCUCUGGAGAACCCACCGCCCAUCAAAGCAUUCGUGCUUGCGUUGACAUAUGUCAUCAUGGCUACUCUUUCCUUCAUCUUGGCUAUGGCGUAUCCAACUGUACGUGUCAAGAUGCACGACCAGUUCGAAUGGGCACAUCGCUUCGUUGGAUGGUUUACCGUGGCCCUUGUUUGGACUCAUGUUGUUGCAUCGACAAUCUCAACCACACCAGGACCCGUGGGACCAGCACUUGCCAAGUCCCCUACUAUCUACCUGGUAGCAUUGACAACUCUCAGUAUUGCAUUGCCAUGGGUAAGACUCCGUCGCGUCAAGGUUGUCCCUGAGCCCCUGUCGAGACACGCCGUUCGUCUCCAUUUCGACUUUUGCACACCCGGACCCUGCACUUCACGAGGCGUGCGCAUCACCGACCGGCCUCUGAUUGAAUGGCAUGCAUUCGCUGCUAUCCCCGAGCCUCAUGGAAAGGGCUUCUCCAUCGUCGUCUCAAAGGCCGGUGACUGGACAAAACGCAUCAUCGAGAACCCUCCCACCUCCAUCUGGACACGCGGCACCCCAGCUUCUGGUGUACUCGCAGUUGCGCCACUGUUCAAGAAGGUAGUCCUUGUUGCCACUGGCUCUGGAAUCGGACCUUGCUUGCCAGUCAUCAUGGAACGUCGCGUGCCUUGCCGUGUAGUCUGGUCGACGAAGAAUCCACUCGCAACAUACGGACAAGGGAUUCUCGACACGAUUCUUUCUUGUGACCCGGAGGCUCUUAUCUGGAAUACUGAUGAAAGGGGACGACCGGACAUGACCAAGCUGGCGUAUCAGGUCUACAAGGAGAGUGGAGCAGAGUGUGUGUGCAUCAUCUCCAAUAGGAGCACAACAGCCAAGGUGGUGUAUCAGCUAGAGAGUCGCGGUAUCGCUGCCUAUGGUCCGAUCUUGGACUCGUAA